UUAUAUGUGUUACCCGGAAAGAGGGGGACUCAAUGAUUAUUCGUUCGCCGGAACCAGAAGUAAAAAUUUUGGUAGAUAGGGAUCCCAUCAAAACUUCUUUUGAGGAAUGGGCCAGACCGGGUCAUUUCUCAAGAACAAUAGCUAAAGGACCAGAUACUACCACUUGGAUCUGGAACCUACAUGCUGAUGCUCACGAUUUCGACAGCCAUACCAGUGAUUUGGAGGAGAUUUCUUGAAAAGUAUUUACUGCUCAUUUCGGCCAACUCUCAAUCAUCUUUCUUUGGCUGAGUGGCAUGUAUUUCCAUGGUGCUCGUUUUUCAAAUUAUGAAGCAUGGCUAAGUGAUCCUACUCACAUUGGACCUAGUGCCCAAGUGGUUUGGCCAAUAGUGGGCCAAGAAAUAUUGAAUGGGGAUGUGGGCGGGGGUUUCCGAGGAAUACAAAUAACCUCCGGUUUUUUUCAUAUUUGGAGAGCAUCUGGAAUAACUAGUGAAUUACAACUGUAUUGUACCGCAAUUGGUGCAUUGAUCUUUGCAGCCCUUAUGCCUUUUGCUGGUUGGUUCCAUUAUCACAAGGCUGCUCCAAAAUUGGCUUGGUUCCAAGACGUAGAAUCCAUGUUGAAUCACCAUUUAGCGGGGCUACUAGGACUUGGGUCUCUUUCUUGGGCGGGGCAUCAAGUACAUGUGUCUUUACCAAUUAACCAAUUUCUAAACGCUGGAGUGGAUCCUAAAGAAAUCCCACUUCCUCAUGAAUUUAUCUUGAAUCGGGAUCUUUUAGCUCAACUUUAUCCCAGUUUUGUUGAGGGAGCAACCCCAUUUUUCACCUUGAAUUGGUCAAAAUAUUCGGAAUUUCUUACUUUUCGGGGAGGAUUAGAUCCAGUGACUGGGGGUCUAUGGCUGACCGAUAUUGCACACCAUCAUUUAGCUAUUGCAAUUCUUUUUCUCGUCGCGGGUCAUAUGUAUAGAACUAACUGGGGUAUUGGUCAUGGUAUAAAAGAUAUUUUAGAGGCUCAUAAAGGUCCAUUUACAGGUCAGGGCCAUAAAGGCCUAUAUGAGAUCCUAACAACGUCAUGGCAUGCUCAAUUAUCUCUUAACCUAGCUAUGUUAGGGUCUUUAACCAUUGUUGUAGCUCACCAUAUGUAUUCCAUGCCUCCUUAUCCAUAUCUAGCUACUGACUAUGGUACACAACUGUCAUUGUUCACACACCACAUGUGGAUUGGUGGAUUUCUCAUAGUUGGUGCUGCUGCGCAUGCAGCCAUUUUUAUGGUAAGAGAAUAUGAUCCAACUACUCGAUACAACGAUCUAUUAGAUCGUGUCCUGCGGCAUCGCGAUGCAAUCAUAUCACAUCUCAACUGGGUAUGUAUAUUUUUAGGCUUUCACAGUUUUGGUUUAUAUAUUCAUAAUGAUACCAUGAGUGCUUUAGGGCGCCCUCAAGAUAUGUUUUCAGAUACUGCUAUACAAUUACAACCCGUCUUUGCUCAAUGGAUACAAAACACCCAUGCUUUAGCACCGGGUGCAACGGCUCCUGGUGCAACAUCAAGCACCAGUUUGACUUGGGGGGGUGGUGAUUUAGUGGCAGUGGGUGGCAAGGUUGCUUUGUUACCGAUUCCAUUAGGAACCGCAGAUUUUAUGGUACAUCACAUUCAUGCAUUUACGAUUCAUGUGACAGUAUUGAUACUUCUAAAAGGAGUUCUAUUUGCCCGUAGCUCUCGUUUGAUACCGGAUAAAGAAAAUCUUGGUUUUCGUUUCCCUUGUGAUGGACCUGGAAGAGGGGGAACAUGUCAAGUAUCCGCUUGGGAUCAUGUCUUCUUAGGGCUAUUUUGGAUGUACAAUUCCAUUUCGGUAGUAAUAUUCCAUUUCAGUUGGAAAAUGCAGUCGGAUAUUUGGGGUAGUAUAAGUGAUCAAGGGGUGGUAACUCAUAUCACGGGAGGAAACUUUGCACAGAGUUCCAUUACCAUUAAUGGGUGGCUCCGCGAUUUCUUAUGGGCACAGGCAUCUCAGGUAAUUCAGUCUUAUGGUUCUUCAUUAUCUGCAUAUGGCCUUUUUUUCCUAGGUGCUCAUUUUGUAUGGGCUUUUAGUUUAAUGUUUCUAUUCAGUGGUCAUGGUUAUUGGCAAGAACUUAUUGAAUCAAUCGUGUGGGCUCAUAAUAAAUUAAAAGUUGCUCCUGCUACUCAGCCUCGAGCCUUGAGCAUUAUACAAGGACGUGCUGUAGGAGUAACCCAUUACCUUCUGGGUGGAAUUGCCACAACAUGGGCGUUCUUCUUAGCAAGAAUUAUUGCAGUAGGAUAAUGGCUAGGAGGAUUUGAAAGGCAUUAUGGCAUUAAGAUUUCCAAGGUUUAGCCAAGGCUUAGCUCAGGACCCCACUACUCAUCGUAUUUGGUUUGGUAUUGCUACCGCGCAUGACUUCGAGAGUCAUGAUGAUAUUACAAAGGAACGUCUUUAUCAGAAUAUUUUUGCUUCUCACUUCGGACAAUUAGCAGUCAUUUUUCUGUGGACUUCUGGAAAUCUAUUUCAUGUAGCUUGGCAAGGAAAUUUUGAAGCAUGGGUACAGGACCCUUUACACGUAAGACCUAUUGCUCAUGCAAUUUGGGAUCCUCAUUUUGGUCAACCGGCCAUGGAAGCUUUUACUCGAGGGGGUGCGCCUGGCCCUGUGAAUAUCGCCUAUUCGGGUGUUUAUCAAUGGUGGUAUACAAUUGGUUUACGUACUAAUGAAGAUCUUUAUAUUGGAGCUCUUUUUCUAUUAUUUCUUUCUGCCCUAGCCUUACUAGCAGGUUGGUUACACCUACAACCGAAAUGGAAACCAAGCGUUUCGUGGUUCAAAAAUGCGGAAUCUCGUCUCAAUCAUCAUUUGUCAGGACUAUUCGGAGUAAGCUCUUUAGCUUGGACAGGACAUUUAGUCCAUGUCGCUAUUCCUGGCGCUAGGGGAGAAUAUGUUCGAUGGAAUAAUUUUUUAGAUGUAUUACCACAUCCCCAAGGAUUGGGCCCACUUUUUACAGGUCAGUGGAAUCUUUAUGCUCAAAAUCCCGAUUUAGGUAAUCAUUUA